UACCAAGAUGGCGACACUCGUGGGAACGCAAAUCUUAGACUUCGUUGAGACUCCGCCUUUUAGGUAAAGGCGGAACGGCCCUGGAAAGUGCGCCCGCCUCUUCCGCUGUGCCUCCUCCUCUUCCGCUUGCGCCGCGUCACUCGAGUCGGUCUCCACCUCUCUGGGCCCCAGAGUUCCUGAGUCGGGUGCGUAGGCAACGGUAGUGACGCGUAUUGCCCGGAGGAUGGCGGACGCCGGCUUGCGCCGCGUGGUUCCCAGCGAUCUGUAUCCUCUCGUGCUCGGCUUUCUGCGUGAUAACCGGCUCUCGGAGGUGGCCAAUAAGUUCGCCAAGGCAACAGGCGCUACCCAGCAGGAUGCCAAUGCCUCUUCCCUCUUGGACAUCUAUAGCUUCUGGCUCAAGUCCACCAAGGCUCCAAAACGGAAGUUACAAGCAAAUGGGCCAGUGACUAAGAAGGCUAAGAAGGCUUCAUCCAGUGACAGCAGUGAAGACAGCAGUGAGGAGGAAAAAGCCCAAGGGCCUCCAGCUAAGAAGGCUGCUGUACCUGCCAAGCGUGCCAGUCUGCCUCAGCAUCCUGGGAAGGUUGCAGCCAAAGCAUCAGAGAGUAGCAGCAGUGAAGAAUCCAGUGAUGAUGAGGAGGAAGAGGACAAAAAGAAAAAGCCUGUCCAGAAGGGAGUUAAGCCCCAACCCAAGGCAGUCAAAGCUCCCCCUAAAAAGGCUGAGAGCUCUGAUUCCGAUUCUGACUCAUCAAGCUCAGAGGAUGAGGCACCAAAGAACCAGACGCCAAAGACAACACCUGUAGCAGCUAAAGCUCAGGCUAAGACCCCAGUGAAACCAGGCACACCAGCUCGAGCAGCACCUAAAGUAGCUAAUGGCAAAGCAGCUAGUAGCAGCAGCAGCAGCAGCAGCAGCAGCAGCAGCAGCAGUGAAGACUCAGAGGAGGAGAAGGCAGCGGCUAUCUCUAAGAAGACUGUACCUAAAAAGCAAGUAGUGGCCAAGGCCCCAGUGAAAGCAACUGCCACCCCUACCCAAAAGAGUUCCAGCAGUGAGGACUCCUCCAGUGAGGAGGAGGAGGAGGAGGAACAGAAAAAGCCCGUGAAGAAAAAACCAGGUCCCUAUAGUUCAGUGCCCCCGCCUUCUGCUCCCCCACCCAAGAAGUCCCUGGGAACCCAAGCUCCCAAGAAAGCUGCUGCAGCGAAGAAGCAGUCUGAGGAGAGCAGUGACGACAGCAGCGAUGAGUCUGAUUCAAGCUCUGAAGAAGAAAAGAAACCUCCAGCUAAGGCAGUCACCUCUAAAGCAGCCACUAAACCAGCUCCAGCAAAGAAGGCGGCAGAGAGCUCUUCGGACAGCUCAGACUCUGACAGCUCUGAGGAUGAAGCUCCUGCCAAGCCAGCCAGUACCACCAAGAAUCUCUCAAGUAAGGCAGCUGCCACCCCCAAGCAGCCUGCAGCUAAACCAGCCACAACCCCCAAGCAACCUGCAGCUAAACCAGCCACAACUCCCAAGCAGCCUACAGCCAGUGGCCAGAAGCUUCUGACCAGAAAGGCUGAUAGCAGCUCCAGCGAGGAGGAGAGCAGUUCUAGUGAGGAGGAGGAAGAGAAAGCAAAGAAGACUGUGGCCACCACCAAGUCCAAGGUGACAGCCAAAACAGCUCUGUCUUUGCCUGCCAAACAGACCUCUCAGGGUGGUGGGGAGAGCAGCUCUGAUUCAGACAGCUCCAGCAGUGACGAGGAGGAAGAGGAGGACGAAGAGAAGACGUCUAAACCCCCAGCUAAAAAGAAACCACAAAAGAUAGCAGGAGCUGUGGCCCCUUCCAAGCCAGCCUCUGAAAAGACGGUCAAGGCCGAGGACAGCAGUAGUUCUUCUUCUGAUGACUCCAGCAGUGAGGAGGAGGAAGAACAGAAGCCCACGGGCAAGGGUACUCCUAGACCACAAGCCCCCAAAACCAGCAGCUCUGCACUGGCUAUCCAGAAUGGAAAAGCGGGUAGGGACAGCAACAAGGAGGAGGAAGAUAAGACAAAGGCCGCAGGAGCGGUUUCUAAGCCAGGUUCAGGAAAGAAGCGAAAGCAGAAUGAGGCUGCCGUGGAGGCAGAGACUCCUCCAGCCAAGAAGAUAAAGCCUCAGACCCCCAACACAUUUCCAAAAAGGAAGAAAGCAGAAAAAAGGGCGUCCUCCCCCUUCCGAAGGGUCAGGGAGGAGGACAUUGAGGUGGAUGCUCGGGUAGCAGACAACUCCUUUGAUGCCAAGCGAGGUGCAGCUGGAGACUGGGGGGAACGAGCCAAUCAGGUCCUGAAAUUCACCAAAGGCAAAUCCUUCCGGCAUGAGAAGACCAAGAAGAAGCGGGGCAGCUACAGGGGAGGCGCCAUCUCUGUCCAGGUUAAUUCAAUUAAGUUUGACAGCGAGUGACCCAGGGCCAUCCUAGCGGAGCAGGGUGAUGAUCCGAGACUACUGACUUUCCCCAACAGACCCCGGAGCUCUCGGCUCUGUUAGGGAGGUAUCAGUGGAGGACGGGGGUCUAGAAUCGGUCCAAGGACUGCAUCGGAACAUCCUCCCUGGUCCUUUUCUAUGUUCGUAGUUUUGUACAGAUUUGGUUUUGAGUGUUGAGUAGCAAGGACAAGGUCAGGGGUAUGUUUUUUUUUUUUUUAAGGAAAAUUUAUUUUAGUUGUCAUCCCCUUCUCACUCACUGUUCUGUGGAAGUCCUAGUACUGAGAAAUUUGUAUAUUUUAUAUUAAAUCAUUUCCUGUUGAUUUUUUGUUGUGAUUUUCAGAGGUGUGUUCUCACAGAUAAAAGCUAUUGCUUAAGACAUGAUAAAGGUCAUAUGUAUGAACUUCUGUGAUCAGAGAAGCCUGCCUGUAUGAGUGCAUAUAUAUGCACUUCAUCCCUCCUGCCCAUCAGCCCUGGUGAGGGGCAGUUAAGAAUGGUUAACAUAUAUGUCUGUUAAGCAUGCACGGUGUAGUUCAUCCUCAUUCACAGGGUCUAGGACUGAAGUUUUCAGCCAGCGUGAACUUAGCUACUUUGGGGGAUAAAAUUUGCUGAUUGUUACAGGCAAAAUAAUGGUGUAAUGUGAGUGUCGUGGAGCCAGUCUGAAUAUUUUGUUUUCUGUUACUUUAUUAUUGUUACAUAAUGAUAUUUGCAAUACCUGUUUUUUAAUUUGAAAGCAUAAACUUUUUAUUGUUCAAAGGCUUGUUUUGAUUUGACCCUUAAUAGUAGUAAUCAGGGCUGUAUCAUCUGAUUUUUCUGUUUUAACAUUUCAGAGGGAAAAAAGAACAAUUUAACCACUUGGUAUGUCUGUCUUGGUAGCAGUGGUGACAAAAAUUAGUUUCAUUAAUUCCUACAUGGUGGGGAA